CACAUCACCGCACCUUUUAUGGUCGCUGUGAAACCACACCCCACAACCUACAAUCCCACCUUCACAAUCACCCCAGUCGCUGUUGCUCCCACCCCGCCUCCCUCGCCCCCUCCGUGUGCACACACACACACAUUUGCCUCACCAGAGGAGAGAAUGCUGCAAUCACGUGUCAGCCCUUUCGUGCUCGAAAAGGCCUGGCGUCAUCGUUUGGAAUCAUCGGUUCUCAGGAAGGAGAGGUCGCAGACUCAAAACCUGUUGAAAUUCUCAAACACGACUCUUUCAUCCAUCUCCACUUUUACUGAAACCCAAUUACAACGUGAUUACCGAACACGCCUUUCAACAGCUCUAUUCGAAGCUGGACUUCUGAAUACGAAUUACGCACGUAAUCUCCUUGCACAAGUGCCUUUAAUUCGUCCAACGCCGUCGUUGUUACAAGUUUCUCCCUUUGAACCACCUCCACGCCCAUCACGUAGACAACUAGCUCCAGCGGCAAAAUCGGACAUUUUUUUCACGAAUCCUGAAGUCUAA